CAUAGCUGCGCACAAGAUGUCUAGCAAGAAGCGAGCAUCUCAUAGGGACAGCCUGAGCGGGCGUCUAGUGGCUUUCUUAUUUAUCUUGUCACUUACUAAUACAGUCGCUCUUAUUUUGGGAUUCGUGUUUUUUAACCAAUGUGUUAAUUCAUUAAAAUUAGAACUACUCGAGUAUGGGUCGUCGUCCCGUGAUCAAGAAAACACAACUUCCAGCAACGAUAUUAUCGCUGAUACAAAAGUCCGUGUAUUGAACAGAUAUCAGAGGGACGACGCCAGCAGCGGUCAAACACAGUGUCAAUGUCAAGGUCCACAAGGCCCACCUGGUCCAAGAGGAGAAGCUGGAAGAAAGGGAGAUAAUGGCGCACAAGGUCCUCCCGGGGUGUCUGCAGUUCCAGGAAAUCCCGUUGUACGUGACACGUUUCAUGAAUACUUGUAUUGGCUUUAUCAGACUGGACAGUUGCAUCCAGAAUUGAUCCCGGCUUUCAAGAACAACCGAAUUGCUGUUCCAAUCGCACACCUGGAAGCCAGUGAAUUAGACCAAUUUGUUAUCAAGGAAAAAAUGGCGACGCUUCGUAACUGGCAUGUCAUGCCAUGGACAACCGAAGAAUCGUUGAUUUAUAACAAAGCUACAGGACAAUUGAAAGUGUUAAUUCCUGGAAAGUAUUACGUGUACAGUCAAGUUUAUUUCUCUGACAGUUCUUUGCCCGUUGUGGGUUAUUUUACUUGCAUAAACAACCAAGCGCGCAUACGCAGCCUUUCGUCUACUACUCGAGAUAUAGGAACGGACAAACGGACAUUAUCCGCUGGGGGAAUAUUCCUCCUUGAAAAAAACGACUUCAUUUCCAUCAAAAUACCGUUCGCAAACAUCUCACUGUUCUUGGAGAAAGAAGGCACAUUCAUCGGUGCCAUGUUUCUCGACAGACACAACGUACCGCACAAUUUUUCUGAAAUACCAAAUCUCCAACCUAAGGGUGAUAGCGCUGUCGAUGUACCACAAGAGAUAUGCAAACCGGAAGCGAUUCAUAUAGUGAAUUAUGGCCGAAAUAAAAUUUGCAUUUCUAUUGACAAAGUACCGCAGUGUCCAGUAAGAUGCAGAAAAGAAUUGUUCAGAAAUAAGAAACUUGAUUUUCAUUGCGUUAAAUCAAACAAAUCGUUUCCCUUAUUGUGGCAAAUGGUUACCUCGAAACAAGCAUUUGAUGAUAAGCUGGCGACAAUGAGGUCUGAUAAGUCUGCAAGUGUAGACAUUCAUGAUAGUUGCCAACCAAUAUAA